CGAUUCCAGUUUAGCAUGCUGUUAAACUCCCAGCCCACAAUCCAGAUACCUGAGAGUUUCUCCACCUCACCUUCCGGGCUUCACAGCUCAGGAGCGAAGUCCUUCCUGUUUACCUUUUCCUGUGCCGUACAGAAAAGGCACGAGGUUCAUUUAAAUAUUAAUUUCUCGAAUCUGAACUCUGACCUGAACCAGCAAGUCAUAAUCCAAGAGUCCACUCGUCUCUGCUUCCUGCAGCGCCUCAGAAAGACUAUGGAAAAGCAAGAAUGUCCCUGUACACUAAUAAAUGUUAUAGGAGGUCCAGAUGGAAUAUAUGAAGACCACAUGGAGUUCCUGGAGAAACACUUUAAGCUGAUCACCAUGAAAGAGUUCCUUGAAAACAAACAAGUUCUUAGUCCUAAAAUCAAAGCAAUUUUCAUGUGGUGUCAGAAGCCAGCAGUUAACAGAGAACUCCUGCAAAGCUUGCCUAACUUAAAGGUGAUUGCAAACUCAGGUGUAGGAGUGGAUCACUUGGACCUGAAACUGAUCUCCAGUUUUGGAGUGAAAGUUGCUAACACUCCAUUUGCAGUUUCCAAUGCUACAGCGGACUUGGGGAUAGCUUUAAUGCUAGCAUCUGCUAGAAGGAUUGUGGAAGGUUAUCAGAUCGCUUUUUCUCCUGACACUAAAUGUUUUAAUGCUGACUGGCUGGGACAGGAAGUCACUGGUGCAACUUUAGGUAUCAUUGGAAUGGGAUCCAUUGGAUACAAGGUGGCCCAGAGAGCCAAAGCAUUUGAAAUGAGAAUUCUUUAUCAUAAUAGGAGUCGGAGAACUGAAGUGGAUGAACAAGCUGUUGGUGCUGUUUAUUGUCAAAAGAUGGAUGACUUACUCCAACAAGCUGACAUUGUGAUAUUGGUUGUAAACCUGACACCUCAGACAUGCAAGUUGAUUGGGAAAAAGGAGCUAGAACUCAUGAAACCCUCUGCAAUUCUCAUCAAUAUCUGUAGAGGUCAAGUGGUUGAUCAAGAUGCGCUGGUGAAUGCACUCCAAAAUGGAGUUAUUAAAGCUGCAGCUUUGGAUGUGACCUAUCCUGAGCCACUGCCAAGAGACCAUGCUUUAUUACAGUUAAAGAAUGUCAUUCUAACUCCACACAUUGGAAGUGCAACUUCGCAAACUCGACGCCUUAUGAUGACAAACAUGGUUGAAAGUAUCCUGGCUGGUGUUAAAGGUCUCCCGGUCCCUAAUGAAGUGCAUGUGUAAGAUAGCUUGUGUCUUUGUAAGACAUCUUUGGAAAAACUGUAGUUCUGCAUAUGGUAUGUUGUAUCUGUCUGUCUAAAAAUUUUCAUUUUGAAAAGGAUGUAUUUGAUUUUUAUUUUCACCAUGAACAGUAUCUGCACUAGUAAUCGGUAUGUAAAAUCAAUAAAUAAACAAACAAGCUA